AGACUGAGAUGAUGACAACAAACUUACACCCCCCUUUGACUAACACUAGUAGCCUACAUUUCCUACAGCACGUAAACGCAUCAUUAAAGCGACACUAGUGCCAAACUGGAUCCAGUUCAUACUGAUCCAGAGUGACAGACAGAGAGCGAGGGACGACAACAACAAUGUUUGAAAAUGUCCCGACAGUGUCUGCUGCAGAGCGUCAGCAGGUUCUGGGAGCUCUGGAGCGUCUGCAGGCCAAACUGGUCCAGAGGGAGGAGUGGACUCAUGGUGAGACCAUGGGAAACCUGAGGGAAACCCUGCAAAGUCCACUGUUUAACCACAUCCUGACCCUGCAGCACUCCAUCAAGCAGCUCCGAAACCAGCUGAGCAGCAUGCCUCCCGACGCCUGCAACGACAUCAGUUUCUCCAAAAAGGGUCAGCUGAUCAUGAGUGCUGUUAAUUCACCCAGCAGCUCGGCCCCGCCCACACUGUCCGCCUCCUCCUCCAUUCUGACCAACGGCUCUUCUCUGCCCAUCCAUCAGACUCCGCCCUCGUCUGACUUCCUGCAGAAAUGGCUCCACACUGCUGCGAAGGGCCGUCACACAGAGCGGGUCAGUCUGACUCGGCCUCUUUCUGGAGGUCUGGGUUUCAGCGUGGUGGGUCUGAAUCCAGCAGGAAGCAGCAGUCAGGGAGUGUUUGUCAAACAGAUCCAGCCUGGAGGCGUCGCACACAGGGAUGGCCAUCUCCAGGAGAGGGAUGAGAUCCUGGUGAUAAACGGGAGUCCUCUUGAGGCAGGGAUCAGCCAGCAGCAGGCCCUGAACCUCCUGCAGCAGCCGGGGGAGACGGUGGACCUGGUGGUCGCCCGGGACCGCCAACACAAUGCAUCAUCACCUCCCGCCGCCAUCAGCACAGAACAGUGGGGUCACGUUGAGGAAAUCGAGCUGGUGAAUGAUGGAUCUGGUUUGGGCUUCGGCAUCGUGGGAGGGAAGACGAGCGGUGUCGUGGUCAGGACUCUGCUUCCAAACAGUGUGGCUGACAAGGAUGGGCGACUCAAAACCGGUGACCACAUCCUCCGCAUCGGGGCCACACCCACCAGCGGCCUCACCAGUGACCAGGUGGUCAAGGUGCUGCAAGGCUGCGGGAGCCACGUGAACAUGCUGAUUGCGAGGGAACCCAGGGGUCAGAGGUCAACUGCGCCACCUCCUCCACCACCUCCAAACUCCGCCCCGGUCUCCUCCUUACCCCCCAGACUCCCCGACCUGCCCCCCCAACGCCGGCUCAGCAAGACGCCCAACCUGGAGGGAUACGAGAUCCACGAGGUCUCUCUCACCAAGAAGGAAGGACAGAGCCUUGGCAUCUCCAUCGUCGGCUAUAAUGCGCUGACCAGCCAAGAUGCUGUGGGAGUCUUUGUGAAACACGUGGUUCCUGGCAGCGCUGCAGAUCAGAGCGGAAACAUCAGGAUCCACGAUCGCCUGAUCGCUCUGGAUGGUGUCAGCGUCCACGGUCUGACCAAUCAGGAGGUCCUGGAGGUGAUGAAGCAGACAGGUCAGACUGUCGUGCUGUCUGUGGUCCGGAAGAAAACCCGAGCUCAGGAGAGAUCCCUGGACAAAGUGGAGAGGGAGUCGUCUUGUGUGUCUUUGAGGAGGUCGUUGGAUGUGAGAGCUCGGUCGUCUGGGUUCAACUUCAUGACGCCAAAUCUUGAACAGGGAUACCUCAACACAACACAGCCAGAGAGGGCUUCAGAUGCAGAGCUGAGGGAUAAAUGGGAGCAGGCUCUGGGACCAAAGUAUGAAGUUCUGGUGGUGAACUUGGAUCCUGUCAUUGAAGAUGAUGCAGAGCUGCAGAAAUCCUCUAAGUUGCUGCCCGUCCACAUGCUGCGUCUUGGUGUGGAGCUGGACUCAUUCGAUGGUCACCACUACAUCUCCUCCCUGGCCCCUGGAGGCCCUGUGGACAAACAUGGUGUCUUGAGACCCGAGGACGAGCUCCUGGAGGUGAAUGAUGUUCAGCUGUAUGGGAAGUCUCGCAGGGAGGUGUUGUCAUUCCUCAAAGAGGUUCCUCCUCCGUUCACUCUGGUCUGCUGCCGACACCCAACCUCUGACCUGGAACCAGAACCUGAGUCUGAACCAGAACCUGAACCAGCACUCCUGCUCGGACCUGGACUUGGACCUGGAUAUGUUAGACAGACAGAGCCCAGUGUGGAGGAGAUCGAGCUGAAGCUGUCCUCGAUGCUCUGCAGUCAGACUGAGCUGAGAGACAGCGGCAGAGACCAGCAGCAGGUAGACAGACAGGAGCAGGUUUUCUCUGCUGUGGAGAUGCCGAUAGAAGAGACGACUUCGCUCAGGCUGGAAGAGGAUGAAGAUGAAGAUGACGAUGAAGGGGAGCUGGCUCUGUGGUCUCCAAAUGUUCAGGUGUUGGAGCUCCAGAAGGAGAGAGACAAAGGCCUUGGAUUCAGCAUCCUGGAUUAUCAGGACCCUGUGGACCCGGGUCGCUGUGUGAUGGUGAUCCGUUCCCUGGUUCCCGGCAGUCCAGCAGAGCGCCAUGGAGGUCUGCUUCCCGGAGACCAGCUGGUGUCAGUGAACCAGACUCAGGUGGACAUGCUGACUCUGAGCGAGGCUGUGGAGGUCCUGAAGUCCGCCCCGCCUGGGACCGUCCGCCUUGGUAUCCGAAAACCUCUGGUGGUGGAGGGAGCAGACAGGAGGACAGAGCACAGCAGCCAGGAGUCUCCAAACAUCACACACCUGCCAGUACCAAAGGGUUUCGGUGACGGCUCCAUCCUGCCAGAAGACCUACAACUGGAAGCAGAGGAGGAAGAGCCGGAGCUUAUCCUGGAUGGAGGCCUGCCUCGCUAUGCCAACUCCUCACUGACCUCUGACCUCCUCCUGCCCGUGGACGACAGCAGGGAGAUGGCUGUGGACGAGGAGGAGCAAGAGGAGAAGAGGAGGAGGGAGGAAGAGGAGGUGAGGAAGCAGCAGACAGUGGAGGAGAACACAGGCUCCCUACCCAGGAAACCUCCACCGUCGUGGGAGGAGUGGAAACUCAGCUCCACCAAACGAGGCGGAGGAGUAGAGGAGAUUAUUCGCAGAGAGCUAGAGGAGGAGGAGAGAUCAGACCAUGAGAGCAUCGUCUCUGUAGGAAAACUGAUCCUGGGACUCCCAGACUCCAGAGACAGUGAAGCCGACUCUGAGCUCACUCUGACCGACACCGACACAGAGUCCGUCAGGAUGACUGACAUGAAGAGGAGAAGGAGGCGGGGUCAGGGAGGAGCUUCUCUGCCAAUCAGAGGAGGUCGAGGUGAUCUUCCUGAGAGAGAGGAGGGGGAAGGAGAGGAGACUCCAGCCUUCAGUCACUGGGGACCCCCCGCAGGUAAAACCCUGUCUGACAGCAGAGGGGUGGAGGUCUGGCCUGAGGAGGGUCAGUCUCUGGGGCUGAGCAUCGUGGGAGGACGUCAUGUGAUCAAACGUCUGAGGAACGGAGAGGAGCUGAAGGGGAUCUUCAUAAAGCAGGUUCUCCAGAACAGUCCUGCUGCCAAGACUCAGUGCCUGAAGACCGGGGACAAGAUCCUGGAGGUUUCAGGUGUUGACCUCCGGGCUGCCAGUCACGAGGAGGCGGUCGGUGCCAUCAAAUUAGCGCCAAGCCCCGUCGUCUUCAUCGUCCAGAGCCUGUCAGCUACGCCACGGCCUGUGUCUCUGACAGCUUCCAGCUACAAUAAACACAGAGCAAAGAGGACAAAGUCUCCGCAACCAGGUGUAGCCCCGCCUCCUCUGAGACAGCCCCCGCCUUAUAGACCUCCCAACCAAUCAGAGCAGGAGCUGGACUCUGACCUGGAGCAGGUUAAAGAGCGUUGGUGUGAGCGUUAUGGAGACCUGCAGGGAGAGCUGCUGUGCGUGGAGCUGGACAAAGAGCGGCAGGGUUUGGGUCUCAGCCUGGCGGGAAACAGGGAUCGAUCCCGCCUCAGCAUCUUCGUGGUGGGACUCCAUCCAGGCGGGGUUGCCGCUCGAGACGGACAAAUCAGGGUGGGAGAUGAGCUGCUGGAGAUUAACAGCCAGGUUCUUUAUGGACGGAGCCACCAGAACGCCUCGGCCAUCAUUAAGAGCGCUGCCUCCAAGGUGAAACUCAUCCUGCUCAGAUCUGAGGAUGCUAUAAACCAGAUGGCCGUCCCCCCCUUCUCCUCCCCCUCUCCUUCCCCUGUCCUCAGUCCUGUCAGCCCCGAGCCCGUCCCUUCAACUCCUCUCGUAGUCUCCGCCCCCACAGAAGGACCACGCCCCCCUGACAGUCUGUCGCUCCUCCCAUCAUCAGAUACACCGGAUGAAACCAGCGAUGAAGCUGAACACAACAGCAGGAACAAGAACAGGAGCAGCAGCAACAGCAACACCAGUGCCCCCAAGAGUCUGAGAGACAGCGACACCUCCAAAAAGAGGAUGAAAGCUGUUGAGUCUCCAGAGAAUGAGCUGCAGGCUCCGAGGGGAUCGAUUGAACAGCAGUCCUGCAAGUCUCACAGCAGCAGCAGCUCAAGUAAACAGACUGCAGCGUCUCCUCCUCUAAUCAGCCCAGACUUGCAGACCGCCAACAGAGACCCGUCCUGCUGUGCAGUGGUCCCCGGUCAGGAGACUCUGCUGGAGAUCUGUAAAGGUCGGUCAGGACUCGGACUCAGUAUAGUGGGAGGAAGAGACACACAGCUGGAUGCCAUAGUGAUCCAUGAGGUUUACGAGGAGGGAGCUGCAGCCAGAGACAGUCGACUGUGGGCUGGAGACCAGAUACUGGAGGUGAAUGGGGUGGACCUCCGUGGGGCAUCCCAUGAGGAGGCUAUCGCCGCUCUGCGCCAGACGCCGGCAAAAGUACGUUUGACGGUCCUGAGGGACGAGGCUCAGUACAGAGAUGAGGAGAACCUGGACCUAUUUAAGGUGGAGCUGCAGAAGAAGAGCGGACGAGGGUUGGGACUCAGCAUUGUGGGAAAGAGGAGUGGCAGUGGUGUGUUCAUCUCUGAGGUGGUUAGAGGGGGCGCUGCUGAGCUGGAUGGUCGUCUGAUGCAGGGGGAUCAGAUCCUGUCAGUAAAUGGAGAUGACACAAGACACGCCUCCCAGGAGACUGUGGCCGCCAUAUUGAAGUGUGCUCGGGGAACCGUCCUGUUGGAGCUCGGUCGACUGAAAGCUGCAUCCUGGAUCUCAUCCAGACGCAACUCACAGGGAAGCCAGAUGAGUCGUGUGAGCAGGAACAGCUCAGGUGUUGUGGCCCCGCCCCUCUCACACACCUCAACAUCAUGUGACCCCACAACCCCUGGUCCUACGACGCCAACCUCCCCGGACUCCCUCCCCCUCAACAACAACAGGAAGACUACCAAUGACAUUACUUCUUCCUCCAACAUCACAGGAUUAGACGCUGGAAUUCGCACAGUGGAGCUCACACGAAAUGUGAGUGACUCGCUUGGUGUGAGUAUAGCUGGGGGGAAGGGCAGCCCGCUGGGUGACAUCCCCAUCUUCAUCGCCAUGAUUCAGGCCAAUGGUGUCGCCGCCAAGACGCACCGACUCAAGGUUGGGGACAGGAUUGUCAGUAUAAACAGUCAGUCAGUGGACGCUCUGUCUCACAGCGACGUCGUCACCAUGUUGAAGAACAGCUACGGGAACAUCAGCCUGCAGGUGGUAGCAGACACUAACAUCAGCGCCAUCGCCACUCAGGUAGAGAGUUUGUCCAGCAGUUCCAGUCUGUCAGCUAACACCGACACCCCCCCUGCAGAGCCAGAGGGUCCACGGCCCCGCAGCAUCAGUCUGGAGAAAGGCUCUGAGGGACUCGGCUUCAGCAUCGUCGGAGGAUUCGGGAGUCCACAUGGAGACCUUCCCAUCUACGUCAAGACCGUCUUCAGCAAGGGCGCCGCGGCGGUGGAUGGACGUCUGAAACGAGGUGAUCAGAUCCUUACGGUGAACGGAGAGAGUCUGCAGGGAGUCACGCACGAACAGGCGGUCGCUAUCCUGAAGAAGCAGAGAGGAACGGUCACACUGGACAUCCUGUCAUAACACACACACACACACACACACACACACACACACACACACACACACACACACACACACACCUGCAUGCAUACUCAAAGAUGAACAGCUCCUGUGAGCAGAUGAAUCAUACACCCUUUGACUCUUGAACUACAGAUCAUCAUGGAUCCUGAACUCUGAAGUUCCCAACAUGCAAAAAAAGAAACAGCAUCAGAUGGUGCCAACACACACACACACACGCACACAUGCACGCACACACAUGUCUGAAACCAGUUAAACUCUGCAGCAUGUCCAGAUAACUCUCACCGCUUCAAUACAUGCCAACAGAGUUUCUCAACCUGUGGUCUGGGGUGACAUUAGAGGCCGUUUGAAACAGAAACAGGGAGGUGGCAUGUCACUAAUUUUUUCAUAGCAGCUUGUUGUGAUAUUUCAACAACUAUCAGACAUGUCUGAGUGACAUCUGCAGUUUACCUGCCUCCAGAUGAUGAAGCAUUUAGUCCUUACCUUUUUAAAACACUGACAUCACAACAAAUAAUUCACUAAAACAUAAAAAUAUUCAUCUCAUGUCAAACAUCUUUUUUGUGUCCUCUGUGUGAGCUACUACUUGUUACAAAUCAAAACAACUUGGGGCGCAUCCCUCAACUCCUCUCAGCAUGGAGGCUUAUGUUACACACAAAACACCAGCUAGUGCAUUUUUUUUUUUUAAAGUGUUAUAAACAGCGUUCACAGUAAAAAAGAUAUUUACUGGCGAUCAUCGUCAUAGUUAGUGAGAUAUUUUAGUCUAACAGAUCAGUGUUACCUCACAGUACGACUGGAUGAAAAGUCAGAGAACCAAAAGUCCAAAUGGUUCAUCAUCUGAGGAUCAUGAAUGUCUCUGUGAAAUAUCAGAUCCAUUCAACCGUGUGGAAAAAGUUCAAAAUCUGACUCACAGGCCAGAAGAGGUUAAGAAACUCUGUUACCAACAAACUAAUAUUCAGAAUAUAAACAAUACAACAUGAAGUCACAAUGGAGCGAGAUUAAGAGCCAGCCUGCAUUAACUCUCAGAGAGACACACGAACGGACUCAGACGAGGAAACCUGAUGUUUAUAACGAAGAGGAACAAAAGGGAAGAAGAGUCUGUGUGACGAUGUGACUGCUGCUACGUUAGCUUAGCAUCUCCUUAUGUCCGUUAGCUGUUAGCCAACAAGUAGCAGCCAUGCCUGAGUUUGUCAAAUUUCUGGGCCACAUGAGUAGACAUUGAAAAGUUCAAAUUGACUGAUUUCUCUCUAAUAUCAGCGCCCACAGACUUCUAUAUGAAAGCUGGCGUUUAGACAAACUGGAUUACGUCUCUGGUUCUUGCUUCGGUUUUUGUUUUUAUGUUGACCACUAAUGAAGAGGAGUGGGACAAAAUAUCAACUCAACAUGAAAUCAUCGUCCUGACAGUACAAUAUAAUUAUCGUAUCACUGGCAGAAAGCAUCGAUAUUUUAAUUUAAAAUAAUCCAGCUCUCUGACUCCAAAUGGUGGCACUAAUGACACUAAUCCUGCACUUAUUAUUUUAGGGGCUUGUUGUGUUCUUUAUUUAAUCAGAUGUGAUGAUAUAUUGAUAUAUGAUUGUCUUACAAUUUAUCACUUACAGCAGAAUCACUGUAUUGUGAUAUUACAGUAAAAAUGGGCCACCUAUCAAGAGUUACCUCAAAAUUCCCUACAUUACUUAUUACUUAUUACUUAUGACAUUAUUCUGAAUAUUUAAAAAUGGGAAUUAACCUUCAACAACACAGCAACAUAAAUCUGACCGAACACAAGUCUGUUUGGAUUUAUAAUCUGAGAUUAGCUUUAGAGGGGUUUGUUUGCCGUGCAGACUCCUCGUCUGAAAGCCUGAAUGAACUGAACAGUUACCUUUAUUUUCAACUAUCCUCUGAACAAUGAAAAAUAAGUCCUAAAAUCAUAAUGUGCACCAACUUUCCUGAAGUUAAUCACAAAAUAAGUCAGGUCAGAGAUUCAGCCUGUUCAAAUAUCAUCUUUAAUCACACAUGGUCUUUAAUCCUUAAAUGUGCCAUUAUUUAAUUUCUACAUUAGUUUUUAAAUCAAUUAAACAUUACAAUCAACACAAAGUGUUGAUUACACAAACAGACAUAUUAAAGGGGAUUCCGGUAAUGAAUCCACACGAUGCUUAACAGAGUGUAAUGUAUUGAAUAUUUAUGUGUCUCUACUGAGACGACCCUCAGGACUCGGUGGGCUUUGAGACCCCCUGUCGCUCACAGCAACAGAUACAGCGUCUUCCACAUGUUUGUUAUUGUAGAGAGAAAUCAAAUGUAAAAAUGUGUCUGAAUAAAGAUUUAAAUAUUGAGAUUAUUUCUAGAAGCAGUCAGAACUAAAGCAACAGACUCACAUUCAAUAAAACUUACCUAGUGUUUAAGCCUAGUUUAGCACAAAGACUGGAAUCAGAUGGAAACCGAUUCUAAGUGAAAACAUUCCAUCUUCAAAGAACUCCUGAUUUAAUAACUAUUGUGGCCACAAAUUAAUAACUCAUGGCCACACAUUACUAUCUUGUGGCCAUGAAUCACUGAAUCAUGGCCAGAAAAUAGUAAUCUGUUCCCACAAUUUAUUAUACUGUGGGAACAUUAGAUCUGUUUGAAACAUAGACUCUAUAAAUAAUGGACGUAGUAUCCAUGACAUCACCCAUCUGUUUCUGAAGCGCUGUUUUGAGGCCAAUCGUCGGCGGCAGCCAUGUUGCUGCCGUCCAGCGAUUCUGACGUAAAGAGGCGGGCUUUGAGCCUCCUAGCCAACAGCUACAGUGUUCCCACCUGUCAAUCAAGUCAGCUGUGCCUCUCAUUGGAAGACUCAUAAUCUCAAUGUCUUCGAAAUUGCCGCGUUAGAAAUAAAUUCACCCCCUGUACAGUGUGUGCCAAUCGAGAAAUGAGCUAUCCAGACUACACUCGUCUUUUGUACCAGGCUGUAAACAUGUUUAUCUCUGCUGUAAAUAUCGUCUUUUUUGAAUUGGUGUGUAUGUGGUUUCCGGUACUUCAGGAACCAGCCUCAAGCAGAUCCUCGUUGAUCUGCAGUUUUUAGCACUUCCGGACUGUACUCAUAUUUUUAGACCGGAGGUUGCCGCUUGGUUUGAAAACGACUAAAGCAACAAUGAACGGUCUCUGCACGGGCAUGAUUGACAAGCCGGGACAUGGACAAUUAAUUUGUGGAAAUGAGAUAAUAACAAAUUACUAAUUCUUAGCCACGAGUUAAUAAUUUGUGGCCACAGUGAGAAGGUCUCACAGUGAGAGGUACUUAUAUUGUUUAUGAUUAGCUAAAACUGACCAACAAAAGAAAAAAUGCAAUCAGCAGGAAAAGUCUCUGAACUUUAUUUGAUUUAUUAACAGCUUUAUUUACUCCACUCAAAACAGCUCAGACAUUAGCAUGCUUACAUUAGCUUCAUCAAUUUCUUCUGUUAGCUACACAACAGUUAACGUCAUAUGCUUUCAAUAUGUAGUAGAAACUUGCCUCUUAAAAACUACGAGCUGCGGAUGUUUAAUUUGACUAAAUGUAGUGAACACUGAUGCUAGCAUGAGGCUAACUUUGUCUUACAGUUGCUGCCACUUACAACUGAUUUACAGUUAGCAUGUUGAUGGUCUCUUAAUCUGGCUGAAAAUAGUAAAUUUAGAUUUAUUCUAAAAAAAACGUGUUUAUGAAAUCUUUGGGUUUUAUGAGUUUAUUAUUUUGUUAUCUAAAAAUGUUUAAAGCUAACAGAUCAUAGGGAUCAGAUUUAUUGAAACGCUAACACAAACCUGAGCUAACUAAAGAUGAGGAGGUAGAGAAAUGUCAGUCUGUUGCUUUGUGUUUAAAAUUGUCCCUCAUGAAGUUAGUUUGUUGUUUACAGUUCGUCUGACGUCGAGUGAUCUGUUCAGAUAUUUAACGUCUUAAUGAUCAGCAGCUGAAGGCCUCACACUAAGAAGGGAAGUUUCAGCGUGGACUUCAUACAUAUCAAUGAAGCUUUGUGUCAUAAUUACUGUCUUAAUCUUUUGGUACUUGAUUUAUAGAUGUCAGAUUAGAUGAAGUGUAAUUUAUUUUUUGAUCUUGUUGGAAAUUAACUUUGUGUUUUCUUUUAUUUUUGUGUUUUAUCUGAAAUGUUUGAACUGUUGGAAAUCACAGAGACGCCCUGCAGCUUUGGUUCGCCUUCACUUUGAAUUGGUUCAGAAUCAAACUCCAGCUGGGUUUGCACUUUAUUACUCAUAAUGUCCUCACAGGUGAUAAUCUGUGUUUUAUGGAGGAAACAGCAGCUGUGUUCAGUUCAGUCUAUUCGUCAGAGUUAUUUCAGUCGCACCUUUAAGUCCCCACAUUUUCUUCAUAGAGAAAGUAAUCGACUCCGAGUUCUGCACACGGAUUAGCUUUACAGUUAUCUUGGUUGAAAAAGAUGUUCUGUCAUGAUUCAGCCGCUUUGAACAAGAACUCUCUGAUAGCAGCUGCAGACGUACUUACAGUAGCAUUAGCUGUUUUUGUGGCCUACUGUUUCGAAGCCAUGUGUACAAAUGACUUUUGACCUUGGCCAUCUUGCUUUUUUUUUUAUGUGACCAUAUUAGAAAAACAUGGGAGGAGCUAAAGAGCUGUGAGGGGUCUGUGACUCUAAAUGGGAACACAAUUUACUAAGUGAACAUCAUGCUGCAUUGAAGAAGACUUGGAACUAGAGGUUGAGACCAUAAACUCGUCAGGAACAGUUUUACUGAGGGAAUAAAUCAGCAGCAUUCUCAGACUUUUUUUUUUGCGAGCAGUGUGGCUGCCCUCUGCUGAACAUUAGAGAGAAUGCAUGUAAAUCACUUCACUAAAGCGCUCCACUCAAACUCUCUGGCGCCCCAACCUCCUCCUUAAUCUGUCCAAACCAGAUGUUACAAAAUCCCCUCACCGUCCAACUAUACGCACUUUUCACAUUUUUCAUUGACAAGCUUUAUAUAUGCUGAAUUAAGAUUUAGCAGAACAUAAUGCAGUAAUUAGUUUGUGUCCUGGCUGAGGUCUUUUCAGACCUGCAGUCUCAUGAUGAUUUAAGUUAAUUCACAUACAUUAGCUCACCUUUCUCUGCCAUGCUAAAAUCCCUUUAAAGAUUAAAAGCCACAAACAUCCAGCUGUCAGACUCUUCAGUCUACUCGAUGAACUUACACAGGUUUUAUAAUUCUGCCUCUUUUUUGUUUUCAUAUUUCAGGCUCAGAUAUGUCUAAAACACUGCAGCUCUGAUUAAUCUGAAGGAAGCAGCAUUUUGCAGGUUUCACUGAGUGACCCAAAGAGGAUCUCUGUUGGCUUAGACGCUGAAGGAGCUGUGAACAUGUUGUGAAUGAUCUUUCUGCCUGUUCUGAUUAUUGAUUAAUUUCACUGUUUAAUUUGUGCUACAUGAUCUGUGUUUUAUUAAAAUGUAAAGGGAGCACAAUA